UUUUUCUUAAUUGAUACAUCUUUAGUUAGUUUGUUGCAGGAUUGGCUACAAACAUUGUCUUUGCUGUGAAAACUGAGAUACAGUUUUCCUUUGGUAAGUAACUGGUCCUUUGGUAACCUGAUUAUUGUUGUGAUUUUUUUAUGUAAGGGACCAUGUAUCACAAAUGUAAGUUUGCCUGGUGCCAAGAUAGACUGGAGUACCUAAAGGAGACUGCCUGUGACUCCACAGUUAGGCUGCUAUAGUGCCUGAGGAAUUCACACUUGUUACUUGGUUGGUGAAAUCUAAGUAUAGAACUCACAACCAAUUUGGGGUUUGUGCCCUGGUUUGUAACAGUCUGUCCUGAGGCUGGAACUCAAGUUUGUGAGCCACUCCAGAUGGCUUGACAAAAACAGACAGACAUAUAUACAUAUACCCCACACACCCAGGAAACAGCUUAAGCAGUGCCACAUUGCCCACUGCUAACAUCACAUAAAAAUACUUAACCUACGUUGCAUUUGUUGCUAAGUAGAUUAAGGUAUACAGUUUCAAGCUGGAGCAAUUCACUUUCUAAGCACUCAGGUCCGGUCUGCUCUAGAAUGCUAGUAGGUGGCCAAGCGAAGCAAGGCCCUACAGGCAACUUCAUGGCAUUUCCCUGUUUGCUUGUGUGUAAUGAGAUACUUUGGAACACUGCAUCCAGGCACUUCCAGAGUUGCAGGGAAUGUUCAGGGCAUCAAUAGGCAGAACCUAUUGAUUUUGCUGAAAAUGGGGGGAAACUGGAAAAGCCCGACUCAGAGGAAAAUCUAAGCCUCCAGACUAAUCAGUGCUGGAGGCUCUCUAGGCUCUCCCUGCUGCUGCCUACAAAUAUCAGAGGGAGCAGAAUAACUUGCUGAGUGGGAAGAUUGAACUCAAGGCUAUAGUCAACAGAAAUAAGAAGGUCUAACAGAAAGGUUUUUUUAAGGGAAAGUGGGUUCUAGGGUGGAGGUGUGGGGGAGAAGAGACCAGAAGUGGGGAGGAAGCAGGGGCCCCAUGGAAGGAAGGAAAAUAGUGGUCAUGGGGGAAGUGGAGUUGGAGGGGAAUGUAGGGAAGCAGGGACCCAGAGUGGAGAUGGAGGCAAAAGCAGGGACCCAAUGCAAGGGAGAGCAGGAACUGUUUAACAAACCUUAGUUUUUCUGCUCAACCUCUGCAGUUAUUGACUCUGACAGAAGAGUCCCAUGUAGAGGAGAUUCCUAGCCAGGGCUUGAGGGGGAAAGAAGGGUUCUAUUGGGAGAAGGGUGUGAACUUCUGGGAUCAGGAGGGAAGAGGAUGGGGGCUCCAGGUCACUGGAGGGUAAAGGACAAAGCAAGUCGAGUAUAGGAGCUAAGGAAUAUCUUUAACUCCACCCAUGCCCCCCAUCAUCUCCAUUUUUCCUCCCACUCCCGACAUCCUCUCCCUCACUAAGUUGCUGCAGACAGUGGAAUCUCUGUGGUGCCCCUUGCUGAUGCCUACACACAUCACAGGUGGAAAUAGCUCACUUUCGCAUAGGUUGUACAGCUAGGCCUACAGAAGGAACAAAAUGUGUGACCGUCAAGUUACACUGUUGUGAAAUGGAAUGCUGUAUGGCCAUCUCUAGCAUUUUUCUGCGGAGAAACAGGUUUUCAGGGGGUGCUGGAGCUAGUGUCAUGAUGAUACUAGAAUCUCGGCCGCCUCACGAAGUUCAUCCCUGCCUGAAGCCAGCAAAGUAUCUCCCUUUCGUUCACUAUUCUCAGAGCAGGGAAGGGAGGAGGAGGAAGCAGAGAGCCCAGCAUAGAUCCACUCCCUCCUGAAAGAAAGAAUGACAGAACAGCACUUCUUCUCCUCCCACAUUCUGCUAUGGCAGACACUCAGAAUGUUUCAGUCUUUCCACAUUCAAAACAUUUAAGCAGGUCCUUAAUCUGGGUCCCUUCCCUCCCAUGCUGCUGUCUUUUCUUAUGCUCAUACUGCCUUCUGUUGCACUCAAAUCUUCUGUGCACCAGAAACACACAUGAAAACAACAGUGGUUUCCCAACCAGUGCUGCUGCGUCCCAAAUCUCACCAUCUCUCCUUUUCUGCUGCAUGGCCCACUGUUCCUUUUGCUGCUGCCACUGCUACUCCAGCAAAAAAAUUGCCCACAACCACUGUUGCUGUUAGAACAGUAAAAGAAAACAUCCUCUAUUCUCUACUAUGCCUUGAUGAGAAGGGGUCCACAGGAUCCUGCCAACUACACCAAUUUCUAACUAGCCAGCCACCACUGCCUCAUGGCCAGUCAUGGCUAUAUGGUACCCUGCCUGUUUGCCCUUUUCAGGGCCUUUUAAGAACUCCACACAGUGCCUGGGGCUGGUUUAAUAACCAACACACCACUCCUGUCUGGGGCUGGUUUAACAACCAAAACAAUCCUUAAGGUCCCAAAAUAAAGUCCAUCACCACAACACAAAAAUUCAUACUCAGCUCUGGCUUCUUCUAACAUACACAGAGCUCUUCUUCUGUCCCAGCAUGCUCUUCAUAAACUCACUUAUUUCAGUCCUUCCUAGGUGGAGCUCAGCCUUCGACUCUGUCUUUCAGGCACAAACCCUUCUCCCAGUCAGUAGUCUUCUGUAGGGACCUCCUAUACACUACAGCUCUAUACCACAAAUUCCUCGCCCAGGUUCCUGUUCCCCUCUGACUCUUUAGAAACCAGCUGUCCUCUGUCAGAUCUCAUCAAGAGACUGUUAAUGGUCCCAUUCCACCCUGUGACAGUGAGCAAUGCUCACACACACACACAGAGGAUGGGUAGGGGAAAUUCAAAAAUCAAGAGACCAUAACCACAAUAUUAUCUUUUUUUUAUCUCAAUUUUCGGGGGCACUCAUCAUUUUGGGAGGUCCAACGCAUGAUUUUUGAUCUCUUGAGAUUGGCAAUAUUGGGAAUAGUCUCCGACAAUCAGAGCCUUGUGAAGUUACUAACUCACAACUCUGUGAUUGUCAUUAACUAUACAGCCUGCAGAUAUCUGCACUAAGAUUGGCUGAAGACAUUAGUAGCUAGUCAGAGCACAGAGCAGCUAGGCAAAGUGUUCUCUAAGUCAGUGUAAGAAAACAGGCAAUGAAGCAGGAUCCAGAAUAGUGUCAGCUCAUCAGGAUAGGCAAAUCCUACCUAAUUUUGUGGCAGUUGAACACUUUUUAAGUACAGACAGUUGUUUUUAUUGUUCUUUCUUAAGAGGUUCACAUUACUGCUUGACCCAUUGUUGAUUUCAUCCAGAAUGUUCUAGCCCAGAAGUUUUCAAACUUUGGGAUACCUUUUCAAGCCAAGGGGGGAAAUCCCUGGUUUUAUUACAUUAAGACUGAUGAAGAAGUAGAUCUAAUUGCUGCUCCUUCAAGGUCAAAGCUUGAGGUGUGGCCCCUACCUGGCUCCUGGAAAAGGAGGUACUAAUAACCCUCCUGCCUGUAGGAAUGGCCAUUUCUCUGUGAAGAGAAACUAACAAGUAGUAUGAAAGUUAUUCUAUUCUCUCUUCCCCACAGAAAAGAGGAUUAGGGGGGGUUUCCUUUUCUCUCCACCCACAUGAGCAUAGUCAGCGACGAGUGUCUCACAACUCCUUACCUCUCUCUCCUCAAUUUCUUUGGCUCCUGAGAAUUAUGCCUCAUUUCUCACAUACUGGUUACAGAGCACAGUGCAGCUCUCAGGAACCAUUGAAGUAGAUCAGUCAGGGAGAACAGAAGCUUCCUAUUUCUUACAACAGCAACACAAUUUUGAAAAAUAGAAAUGAUUAGAGAGAGGAUCCUCCCUAUUGAAGCCUCUUGUUUACAAACUGAAAACAGGCCACACAUUUGUUUAUUAUGCAGUAAAUAUAAUGGCGACACACUUUCCACCAUGUAGAUCAGAGAAUAGCAAAAAAUGCUCCAGAGAUCCUAACUCAGGGGUUAUAGUUGGUCUGAGGGAGCGUUUUCUGUACAGAAGUGAGAUGGGGAAGGGGGAGGCAGUGCCAAGCAGCCACACAAAUGUUCUUGGCCCUCUGAUUUAUCCAUGUUCAAUGCAUAUCUUGGAGUUUCUGUGCACUUGGGAAAUUAAACCUUUUGCCAGUUCCAUAAUAAACCCCAUCUCAUGCUCAGACAGAACAAUUCCAAGAAUACAUCACAAGUAGAUACAGAGUUUUGUUGUUCUUAUGUGAGCGAAUCCAUGUAGGGAUAGCAUGUGGCUUAAAGUGUGUAGCAACUCAUGCUAAUAGCUAAUCAUGGCUCUGUGUCUCUCUUGCUGUAAAUAUCAGAUCCGAUGACUGGCUUUUACUAUUUUUGUUCUAUGGCAGACAAGGCUUACAAAUCAGCUGCUGACUCCCAUAGCCGCCUCCCUCCUUCACAAUUCACUGAACCACAAUAUGAGGUUACUGUACAUAUUGUAAGUAGGGACAUGAAAGAACUAUGUGUAGCACAGUGAUCUGAAAUGAAAACAAUAAGGUCAAGAGUGUAGGCAAGCAGCUUCAGUUUAAUUUCAAAUCUCCCGAUACUUAGCACGGAACAGCUGUAUCCUGAAGAUAGUACAUUUGGCCUAUAGAUAGGAAUAAGAAAGGAUUUACCAGCAAGAAGAUAAGUAUAAGUGUGUGCCAAUAUAUUAUUGUAGGAGGUAGCUCUCUAUAAAACUAAUAUAAGUUACCGUGAUAUAAACGAAAAUAGGUAUGUUGUUUUUAUGAUGUAAGAGGGUCCCAGCCACAUGAAGCAAAACCUGUAAAUAACUUUUGAGGAUUUCUGGCAAAAUAGAGCUACUGUCCUAGAGGUCAGAUCAGAAUUGGACACCUAAUCAAAUAGAAGUAUAUCCUCUGAGUUUGGGUGAUGUGCCCUAAGAGCCUGAUCUAAAGCUUACUGAGGUAAAGGAAAAGACGCCAUUUGACAUCAGUGGACAUUGGAUGACCCUGUCUUCCUCAAUUGUGGAAAGAAAAUAAGAAAUGGGCUAGACUUUCCCAGUAAGAGAAACUGAGCUCCCACAAUAGACAGCUUCUCUUUACAGUGUAUCUGAGAGAAGACAGGAUAAGGAAGGAUAAGGAAGUUGAGUGCCUAACUACCAUUUGUAAUUUUUGAACAUCACCCCCUGGGUCUUCCCAGUGUGUCCACAAAGACAACCAGAGACAAUCAGAGCACCACAUUCAAGGACAAGAAAAUCUAAGAAUCUUAACUCUGUAUAUCUUGCACCUUCUUCCAGUGCUCUCACCCUGCAGCUGUAUCAGUUAAGUCUUCUCUAGAUUCACACCCAGUUACCAAUGUAUAAUUUGCUUCUCUCCUACAAACCUUUAUACGUUACCUGUGAAUUUGGCUCACUAGGCCCUGGUCUAUAGGAGUUGAGGUCGAAUAUAGCAGUGUUAAAUCUAUUUAAAUCUGCACCCGUCCACACAACGAAGCCCCUUUUUUCAACUUAAAGGGCUCUUAAAAUCGAUUUCUUUACUCCACCCCCGACAAGGGGAUUAGCGCUGAAAUCGGCCUUGCCUGGUCGAAUUUGGGGUAGUGUGGAUGCAACUCGGCAGUAUUGGCCUCCGGAAGCUAUCCCAGAGUGCUCCAUUGUGACCGCUCUGGACAGCACUCUCAACUCAGAUGCACUGGCCAGGUAAACAGGAAAAGGCCUGUGAACUUUUGAAUCUCAUUUCCUGUUUGGCCAGCGUGGCAAGCUGCAGGUGACCAUGCAGAGCUCAUCAGCAGAGGUGACCAUGAUGGAGUCCCAGAAUCGCAAAAGAGCUCCAGAUGGACCGAAUGGGAGGUACGGGAUCUGAUCGCUGUAUGGGGAGAGGAAUCCGUGCUAUCAGAACUCCGUUCCAGUUUUCGAAAUGCCAAAACAUUUGUCAAAAUCUCCCAGGGCAUGAAGGACAGAGGCCAUAACAGGGACCCGAAGCAGUGCCGCGUGAAACUUAAGGAGCUGAGGCAAGCCUACCAGAAAACCAGAGAGGCAAAUGGCCGCUCUGGGUCAGAGCCCCAAACAUGCCGCUUUUAUGAUGAGCUGCAUGCUGUUUUAGGGUGUUCAGCCACCACUACCCCAACCGUCUGCUUUGACUCCGUCAAUGGAGAGGGAGGCAACACGGAAGCAGGUUUUGGAGACAAGGAAGAUGAUGAGGAGGAGGUUGUAGAUAGCUCACAGCAAGCAAGCGGAGAAACCGGUUUUCCUGACAGCCAGGAACUGUUUCUCACCCUGGACCUGGAGCCAGUACCCCCCGAACCCACCCAAGGCUGCCUCCCAGACCCGCCAGGCGGAGAAGGGACCUCUGCUGCGUGUGUUUCAGGAUCUUCUCCUUCCCAGAGGCUAGCGAAGAUUAGAAGGCAAAAAACGGCACUCGCAAUGAAAUGUUCUCUGACCUCAUGCUGUCCUCCCACACUGACAGAGCACAGACGAAUACGUGGAGGCAGACAAUGUCAGAGUGCAGGAAAGCACAAAAUGAACACGAGGAGAAGUGGCGGGCUGAAGAGAUGCAACUGAAAUAUACUUUCUGGAGAGGAUAUUACAGAUCAGCUUCACUUUGUAAGGAACUCCCUCUUCUCAUUUACUGCCUUUAACUGUAAAACAACGUAUAGAGGAGAAGCUUGUGAAAAUCUGUUUUACUUGUACCAGGCCUAGAGUAGAAUUGCUUUCUUACAAUGCAUAUUCAUAUGUACAAUUAUUAUUUAUUACAGUAGUGCCUAGAGGUUCCAGUCAUGAUGGAAGAUCUAUCAUUAUGCUAAAGCACAGAGUAAAAAACAGUCCUUGCUCUAAAGAACUUGCAAUCCAAACAAAGAAAAAAAGUAGUUACCAACAGCUCAAAAAUACAUAGAAUGUUGAUCACAUUUCCCCGAACCAGCCUUUCCUGUAUUCUAUGUAUAUGCCACAACCAACCCAUAGUGGCCACCUCUCACCAGGCCCACCCCAAAAAAAUUGCUAAAGCUUAAUCUGAGCGAAUAAAACAAAGACAGUCAGAAAAUCAGACUGGUGAAAAGUGUCUCAGAGCCUGCUUCUGGUUCCCAUCUUCUCUGCUCCAUGUGGAAGGACCUGGGGGUAGCUCCUGGCAAGGUGUCAUAAAUAUAAAGGGAAGGGUAAACCCCUUUGAAAUCCCUCCUGGCCAGAGGAAAAACUCCUCUCACCUGUAAAGGGUUAAGAAGCUAAAGGUAACCUCGCUGGCACCUGACCCAAAUGACCAAUGAGGAGACAAGAUACUUUCAAAAGCUGGGAGGAGGGAGAGAAACAAAGGGUCUGUGUGUCUGUCUGCUGUUUCUGCCGGGGAUAGACCAGGAAUGGAGUCUUAUUACUUUUAGUAAGUAAUCUAGCUAGGUAUGUGUUAGAUUAUGAUUUCUUUAAAUAGCUGAGAAAAGAAUUGUGCUGAAUAGAAUAACUAUUUCUGUCUGUGUAUCUUUUUUUGUAACUUAAGGUUUUGCCUAGAGGGGUUCUCUAUGUUUUGAAUCUAAUUACCCUGUAAGGUAUCUACCAUCCUGAUUUUACA